GUUUUCUACUUAAGUUUUUAUACGAUUCUUCAAAAUAGUUAAUGCAGAUUUUUCUCUUGACAGUUCCCCCUAACUGGCUUGUGGAUUAUACCAGUUUGUUAGUGAUCUAUGUUAACCAUAAAUGGACAAUAAUUUGCUGACUUUAUGGAAACUGUUAUUACGGAUGCAUAAUUGUAGAAAACUACAGAAAAUUGGUAUUGAUUUGUCAUUUCACCUGUUAUUUAUAAAAUGUGUUCAAUAGAAAAACAACAAACUGUUUUAAAGGUAAGAGAAUAAUGGAGUUGUUAUAAGAGUUUAUAAUUACAACACCAUGGUUACGUUGAUAAUGUAACACUGAUAAAGUGCUGCCCCGGAGGGAUACAACAACAGACUCCUACAGUGUUGCUAGAAUUCUACUGUGAUAUAAUCGUAUGUUGUUCUACAGACCUUUGAAACAGCGACAGAAAUUUUGAGGAGAGGAAAAACAAAUGCAUUAGAAGCUUUUAAGUUAGGAGACAACAUUCUUGAUAUUUUCUGGGGACAAAUUGACAGAAGUAUAGAACAAUCAUGUGUGGUUGUUGUGGAGGUGGAGAUGAGAAUGAAGAUAGAGUGGAUUUACAGCAUCCGGUGAAGAAUCGAGGAUGUACAGAUCUACUUGUUCUCAUCUUGUUUGUCUUGUUCUGGGCUGGCAUGAUAUUUAUAGCUGCAUUUGGUAUCAUACAUGGUGAUGCAUUCAGGCUUGUGUACGGCUAUGACAGCUUUGGUAACACAUGUGACGCUGAUAAUUCUGACAGGAAAAUUGAAAAUGUGACAUUAUCUGGCAGGAAUAUGAAGGGACGGCGGUAUGUUUUCUUCAUGGAUGUACAAGAUCCAUUCAGAUCAAAAUGUAUAUGUGUAAAUAGAUGUCCAGAGAAAAAGCUGGACAACAUAGAGGAUGUAAAGUUGUUUAGUACAACAACCGGCUCUGAACUCUGUGAAUACGGUAUCAAACCAGAUGAUUAUCCUUCCCAGAGAAGAUCAAAGAAAGGACCAUGUCCUGUUACACCUGUGCUAGCAAGUCGACCCCUCCUGAAUCGAUGCAUUCCCACCAACCUGAUCUCCCUUGCUUCGAAUGUAUCGUCUGAUAUCAUAAGCUUUCUUAACACGAGUGACUUAUUCCAGAAAGUUCUCAGCGACCUAUAUUCUAGCUGGAAGGAGAUGCUGGUAUUGUGUUUCGUUGCCGUAGCAUUUUCUGGAGUAAUGGUGUUGUUGAUCAGGUUUCUAGCAUCAGCAAUUGUCUGGGUGAUUUUAGCUGUGGCUAUAUUGGGAUCUAUAGCUGGAACAGCGUUUUUAUGGUGGACAUAUUAUGGAUUCCGUAAAAAACUUGAAGAAGACGAUGCUAUCAACUUGCCAUUGUUAGAUGUAGAAAUAAACAGUGAGAGGGCCUUUCUUAUCUACUCUAUAAUUGCCACUGUGUUGACAGUGAUAUUAUUGUUGGUGAUAUUAGUGAUGAGGAAGCGUAUUUCCCUAGUUGUAGCAUUGUUUCAUGAGGCAGGAGCUUGUAUGGCUGCCAUGCCUUGUCUACUGCUACAACCUGUAUGGACAUUCUUAAUUCUGAUGGGCUUCUUCAUGUACUGGGUGAUAGUUCUUGCCUUCCUUUCUACAGCAGAGAAACCAAGCAUGAAUGCUGACGGCUAUGUGACAUAUAAGGAACAUGAGACAGUAUCGUAUAUGUGGUGGUACCAUCUUGUUGGUCUAAUAUGGACAAGUGAAUUUAUCAUCGCCUGUCAACAACUUGUCAUUUGUGGGUCUGUAGCCACCUGGUAUUUCGCCAGGGACAAGGACAAUCUAGGAUGCCCAAUCAUGGACUCGAUCAAGUUGUUGGUAUUCCAUCAUCUCGGCUCAGUAGCAUUUGGUGCUCUAAUUAUCACAGCUGUCAAACUACCCAGGAUGAUUCUUAUGUACCUUCAUAAAAAGUUUAAGGAUGCCGAGAACAAAUGUGCAGAAUAUUGUAUGAAAUGUUGUAUUUGUUGCCUGUGGUGCCUUGAAAAAUGUCUCAAAUAUCUUAACCAGAAUGCCUACACUAUAGUAGCUAUUGAAGGGACAAACUUCUGUAAAUCAGCAGUAAAAUCAUUUACAACAUUAGUAACAAAUGCUUUACGUGUGGCAGCAAUAAACAGUGUUGGAGAUUUUAUCUUAUUUCUUGGUAAAAUUGGUGUAAUGGCGGCCACAGCAGCUGUUGGUCUUCUUUGGUUUAAGAGUAGAUCAGACCUACAUUAUUAUGCUGUACCGGUGUUACUAGUGUGUGUUUUCUCCUAUCUCAUAGCAUCAUCAUUCCUCUCUACAUACGAGAUGGUGAUAGACGCAAUGUUGCUGUGUUUCUGUCAUGAUUGUGAUAUCAAUGAUGGUUCUGCUGCUAACCCAUACUUUGCUGGAGAAUCUCUCAUGGAUUUUGUUGAUGGUACCAGUAAGUCACUGAAUGCAAUGAGAAUAGAGGAGAAGUCCGGGGAGGAGGCUGAGGCUGCACAAGUUUGAAACCCGGUGUAGCCACUGAUAUCUUACUAGUGGGGAUGUUUAUACAGAAAAUAAAGAAAAGUUUAUCCUGAGCUAUUGGCUAGAACAAGAAAUAAUACUCAAACAUUACAUGUAAUGAUGAUAGUGUAACAUUUAUAGGUAGGCUAUAUCAGUAAUGAGCAAGCACCAAUAUAUGUGACCAGUGUCUAUAGUUAGGUUGUAUAAACACUACAGACCAGGAUUAAACAAACAAAAACAAAGCAAAUUGUGGUAACGAAAGAACUGAAAUGAAAGCUAAAGAUUAUGACAAAUUACAUGUAUAGGAGGAAGUGAAAUGUUUAUGAAAGUUAUGUAAUAACACAUAUGAUGUGAAGCUGACAUAUAUUUAAAAGAUCUGUUACACAUUUGUAAAAUGUGUAUUUCAUUUAUUUUUAUAAAUGAUCCUCAUGACUAAAUAACAAUUAAAACUGUUAUAAAAACCUAUCGGAACAAAAGCAAUUUUAUCAAACGGUAAUAUUUAAGUUACUAUGUGAAUAUAUAUAUUGUUAUAAUUUGAGUUGCUGGUUAAGAAAUGUAAUUUUUGUGUAAUUUUCCAAAUUGUUCGACUUUGAGGACUACUUGUAUAAAAGUUCUUUUUUUUUUUCAAAGGAAAAUAUAGAUAGAAAUUAGCAGCUGAGAUUGAUAGUUAAAACAAUCGGCUUAUUGGCUUAUUUCAGACAAAGGGAAGCAACUUGUCUAUAUUUAAGUAAAUCUAUCAUAAUAGAAAUGGUAGUCUUCUAACACUUUGUAAGUUCUGGUGAUAUUUUGAUUUGAAAAAGCAACAACAAAAAUGAGGAAUAAGAAAUAUAGUUGCCAUAUUUGUAAUAUGAAUUUAAAUCACUUUCAUAAUGUAUUCAUAAUUUUAUACAUACAGAAACAACAUUGUUCAUCUAAAUGAUUAUGUUAAUUACCCAUUUACAUAUAAUGUAAGCUCCCCAUUAAAUAUAUAUAUAUAUAUGUAGUGUUGUGACGGAAGAUUCAAUGUUUACCAUCCUGCCUAACUGUCCACUAGGGCUAUGAUUUUUGUAUUUAAUUUCAAACAUAUAGUACAUAAAUCUAUUGUUGUUGUAGGGCCUUUGUUAUAUUCUUUUAUUUACUAUAUAGUUUAUAGUAUGCUUUUGAUAUAUAUCAAUUUAAAAUUGUUUAGAAAAUUAUAAAUGUUUUAUUGUUUACCUGUUUAUACUAAAUCAUUAUAACAUUUAAUGAUCUUUUUUUUGUAAAAAAAUAAUAAAAUGAAAUGAGAUAUAUUUCAUAUAAAAGUAAAAAUUGUAAAUAUUUAGGUAAUUGCCUGUAUAUUUUACAUUAUAUCUCUAUAAGAGAUAAAUAAUUGUUGUAUAUUUUGGCAUAAUUGUAUGGUUUAAGAUAAUUCUGGUUGGGUGUAUGUACAUUUUUAUACAUAUAUAGCUUAGCAUUUAAAUCAAACUUGGGAAUUAAUUUUUAUUAUUUUCCAAGUUAAAAAUGUUGGGCUAUUACAUCAGGAUCUUUCCAAAAGAAAUAUCUUGGUAACAUUUAUAAGAGUUGAUGCUUUAUUACAACAUAUAGUCUUCUAUCACAUGAUUUAUAUCAAACUAGGCACAUGUUUCAUAUAACCCUUUCAUUUUGGUUCAGAAAAUAUGUUGAAUAUUAAUUGUACUAUGAUAAUCAUUAUUACCUGUAACAUUUUUACCUGACUCUUAAUUAUCUGUAUAACAGACAUGCCCUGCUUUCAUUUGGUAAUCAUCUACUUUAAGGAUAUCAAAAUAGUUCAAUUAAACAGGUAAUAUAAGAGUUUUCCUAUAUAAAUUGUACAAAUGUGCCAGCAGGCAAAAUUGUAUGCAGAUUCAAUCAUUGCAUUAAAGUGGCUAGCUUUAAACUAAACAAGCGUUUGAAUUCAAAAUAUUUUUUAAUUCAAAUUUGUUAUAAAAGACAAAGUUUCUGAAGUCGAGUCUAAUGUAUAUAACAGUGGUAGGUAAACUGACCAUAAAACAAUUAUAUAUAGACAAGCUUGUUUACCUCAACACUUUCACUGCCAAUAAGCAAGGGUAUACCUUUCCAUGUGCAGAACCACAUAUUUGCCUACAAUAAGGGAUUCAGAAUUUGAUAUCUGAUUAUUAGUUUUUUUUGGUACUUUUAUAUACAUUUUGGUUUGAGUUUGGAAAAAAACACAACAUUUUAGUCUAACAUUGUUGAUUUUCUGAAAUAAAAGUGAAGAUUUUAUAUAUUUUGUAUACAUAAAGUGAGGGGAACACAUCUAUAGUUAAUUUCUCUAAUUAUUGGAGAAGUCCCAGACAAAAAUGCCCUGUACUAAUGUAAUUUAAGCUCGGGCAGAGAAACAGUUAAAUAAAGUACAUGUUAUCCAUUCUAGUACAUCAAAACUAUUGACCUAACUACAUUGUAGAAUUGUCCUUAAAAGAAACAGAUGCCAUGCUGUUGAUAUGUAUACAGUUACAUUUGAGCCGCGUCACGACAAAACCAACAUAGUGCAUUUGCGACCAGCAUGGAUCCAGACCAGCCUGCACAUCCGCGCAGUCUGAUCAGGAUCCAUGCUGUUCGCUUACCAACUCUAUUACAAGUAGAGAAACAGAUGUUUUAUAGCGAACAGCAUGGAUCCUGCUGAUCCAUGCUGGUCGCAAACGAACUAUGUUGGUUUUGAGGUGACGCGGCUCAAUUUUAUAUACAUGUGCAUAAAUCAACUUUCAAUAAAGCAUCCAUUUGAUUGAUUACAUGUAAUUCACGUCCUAUGAUUGGGAAAUUUUAGUUUAGAAUGUAUGUUACAUUAAACCUGUGUAUAAUGUAUUAAUAUCAUGUAGGUAAUAAAACUAUAUUUUUGUAAUGUGUAGGGGUGUUGGAAACAUUUUACAAAUGUAUAUAUAUAUCACUGUAUGUUAUAAUAACGAUGUAAGACACAGUUGAUCUACUUACAAAAUGUCAGUAUAUAUUUUCUCUGAAUAUUUUAUGUUAAUUUUUCCAAACAAUGGUACAUUGUAUGACUGGUGUAACUUACCUCAAGUUACAGUAGUAAGUUACAGUAGUUUUACAUUGUACCAUUAAGUCCUUCUACUUUUGUUAUACAUAUAUAUCCAUUCCAUUUCUUUUACUGUAUAAAUUUUACAUUUUCCAUCUUAAAUAUCUUCUUCCAUUUAAUGACAUGACACUGUGUAUAAAUCAAUUGAAAAACUGGUAAAUGUUUUACAAAUUAUGGCUUAUACAAGCGAACAGAUAUUUUAUAAAGAAAAAAAUUGUACUUAUUUCUUAUUUUUGCAAAUUGCAACAUCUAUAGAAUAGAUUUUUUUUGUCUUGCAUAAACUUCUCUAUCAAGAGAAAAAUGGUAACAACAGGUGUAAUUUUCAGAUCAAUUUCAUGAAAGUUUCUCCUAAGUAUUUGUGGAGGAAAUUUCAGAUUCUGUUUUAUACUACAUGUUUUAUGGUGGGAACUAUAUGUAUGAUUUAUGUAUGGCAAAAUUUGAUGCUUUUAUUUUUGAGAUUUCUCAUUUUUACAGGGUGAUUAAGGGACUCCACUGAGGUUUGUUGACAUGACUGGACUUGAAAUAGUUUGUUUUUCUCAAAAUAUGUGUACCAUUUGAUGUAGGUGUGGACCAAUAACUAGUGCACAAUUUCAGAUGAAUCACUAGCUCUGUUUUUCCAGAAUAAUUAUUCUGAUUUAAAAAAAAAGAAAAAAAAAUGAUCCAAAAAUGUAAAGCUUUUAAAACAUACUUAACUCAAGUAAGCCGAAGAGUUGCACAAAAAAUAUGAUUUUCAAUUUAAUUACAAGUACAUUCAUAUGUUUUAAUAUCUUUUGCAUAUCCUUCCAUUUAAUUGUCCAAGUUGGUCUAUGCAAGAAAUUCAUAUUUUUGGUUUUCAGACUUUUUGGCCUCAGUGGAGUUUCUUUUAUUUAUGAAUUUGUUUGCUACUAAAAUUAUCGCAAAAGAGCAAUGAAAUAAGUGCUGUUUUAAUAAACUUUAUGUCCUGUUCUUUGUAUGUUUAUAUGCUUUAUUACUUGUGGGUAAUCAAAAGCUACAAAACAAGUUCAGAUGCUACAUGUAUAUCAUUGGAAGAAAUGUAGUUAUAUAGCAGUGAGCAUACUUGUAAGUUAUUUUUGUGAAUUCUGCAUCUGAUUUAUAUGCUUCUACAAUAAUUGUUAUAAAAUAAACAAAAUAUCAUAUCAA